AUGUCCACAUUCCUGCGACGCUUAGUUCGCCCUCAACUUGCAACCUCUUCUCCAUGGCGUCGAGCAUUCUACUCCACAUCAGCCUCCGAUGGUGAAUCGUCACCUGUAUUUCGUCCCAAGCGUCGCUUUGGCUUUGGCACCAUUCUUUUAUGCACCGUUCCUUUUGUCGCGUUUGGUCUCGGCACAUGGCAAGUUCAACGACUACGCUGGAAGGUCAAUCUCAUUCAAGAAUUGCACGAUCGUAUGGCUAUGCGUGCUAUUCCAUUGCCUCGUCGUAUCAACAAAGAUGCCCUUCCUGAUUACGAAUACCGCAAAGUAGCAGUGGAUGGUGUAUUUCAACAUGACAAAGAGAUCCUUUUGGGGCCAAGAACUCGUGGUGAUGGUCAAGUUGGAUACUUCAUUAUUACCCCUCUUGUUCGCGAAAAUGGGACCACUAUCCUUGUCAAGCGUGGUUGGGUUUCCAUGGCAAAGAAGGAACGACAUACACGACCCGAUAGUUUGACACAAGGCGUUGUUCACGUUGAAGGUUUACUUCGUACCUCUGAAAAGACCAACACAUUUACACCCGACAAUGAUCCUGUACGCAACCAAUGGUAUUGGGCUGAUGUGGAUGCCAUGGCAGAUCUUACAGGUGCAGAGCCUAUGCUUGUAGAGCGCGUUACAGAUAAAUCCCCUAGCACUGAAUUUUCUCUCAUUGAUUGUGGGAUCCCAGUGGGCCGACUUCCUAGUGUUGAGAUACGCAACAACCAUCUGCAAUACAUCAUCACAUGGUACUCGCUUUCUAUUGCCACCUCCAUCAUGCUUUGGCGUUUGUUGCGACGACCUGUCAAUCGACCCGUCAAAGUCAAAAAGCUCUAG